UCUUUUGUUUUUCUAUUGUAUCAAACGAUAAUUUUUUUUUCAGAUGAUGUGUGUGAAAACUGUGUAGUUGUCUCUCGGCAACCCUAACCUAGACUCAAACGGGUCCUAAAUUGAAUGCAGAAAACGUUUUUCCUCAAAGAUCGGCGUGUCAGUAAAGGGAAGACCCGAAAGUUACGUAUGUGCUAUUGUGAAUAUUAUUUCACGAAAGAGCAGACGAUUUUCAAUUAAAUCGUUUGUCCUUAAGAUGAAUUAGUAUGCAAAAGAAAAAAUUGUGAUUAUGCAGAAGUUUUGUUGGAGUUGGCAUCACGAAUGAUUCUGAUCGUGAUAGUGAAAUGCGGAUCGAAUGAUCGUGAUGAUUUUGAACAAUACAAAUUAUUGGAUAUCCAGUUAGUUUUUAUUAUUUUGAUGAAAUCGUAAAUAGUUUCUCAUGACGUGUUUAUUUGGGAGGUGUAAAAAGUACGUUUUAGCAGACAACGACGAAAAACCUACUGCCAGUCAUCGCAUGAACUCACCAUACAAAAUGUCAAAUUUUCCAGAUUCUUCAGAUAUCUUGAAGUUGUGUGAAUGUCUUUAUGCCAAUUCCUCUCUAUUGUUUCAACAAGAAGUCAAUAAGAUGUUGAUGAAAAAGACUUCUGCAGAAGAGUCUUUUAUUCUUUUCCUCUCCGAAGAUCACCAAGAACUUGCAUGUGAGGUGAUUGGUAAAAGAGUUUUACCUGAAGAAAUCAUCAUUAAUGUUGAAAAUUCUGCUUUUGCCGAGGUGUUAGAAAAGAAAACUGAUGUAAUCAUGAAUAAAGCGAAGCUUUUCAAUUUAGGUAACAAUAAUAACUUGAAUAUUCAAGUACAUUCUUAUAUGUGUGUUCCACUAUUCACAUCUAGUCUCGAAGAAAAAGUUUCAAGUAUUCUUUGUCUAAUAAACAAAAAUAGUUUCACUGUGGAAGAUCUUGAUGCAGUGAAAAGUUGUUCUAAGUAUAUUGCUCCAUUGCUCUAUCGUUUACGUAAAUGUGAAGAUGAAAGAAAGAUUCGGAAGAAAAGCCAAUGCUUGUUACAAGUCAUCAAGACUCUACUUAUACAAAUUGAUAAUGUCAACUUGCUUUUAAAAGAAGUAAUGACUGAAGCAAAGAAAAUAACAGGAGCUGAGAGAUGUUCUUUGUUUCUUCUUGAUAAAGAAGAAAAUGAAUUAGUUGCAAAAGUGUUUGAUGGAAAUGAUGCGGAAGAUCCUAACCAAGUAUGGAAUCCAAAAGAUAUUUGCAUGCCUGCUCAUGAAGGAAUUGCUGGUCAUGUUGCAAUGAGUGGGGAAAUCUUGAAUAUUGGCGAUGCAUAUCAACAUCCACUGUUUUAUCGCAAAAUGGAUGACUUAACUGGAUUUAAAACUAGAAAUAUCUUAUGUUUUCCUAUCAAAGACGACAGUGGAGUUAUUGGUGUAGCUGAAUUAUGCAAUAAAAUUAAUGGCAACCAUUUUACACAAUUUGAUGAAGAAAUUGCUAGUACAUUUUCUGUGUAUUGUGCCAUUUGUAUAAUGCAUUCUCUUAUGUGGAAGAAAGUUAGGGAUGCACAAUCAAGAAGCAGAUUAUCAAAUGGUUUAAUAAUGCAAGCUAAAGUUACUGAAGAAGACAUUCUAAAAAUAACUAGUGAAAUGGCUGAAAGAAAUUUUAUUAAUGAAGAGUUUCAGAAGUUUUCAUAUAUUCCUAGACUUCUUACAGAUUCUGAAGCAGCUAAUGCAACACUUGGAAUGUUUGCAGACCUUGAAUUCUCAAAAUUUUGGAGGCUGAGGAAGACUACAUUAAUUAGGUUCAUUGUUACUGUUAAGCAAGGAUACAGAGACCCACCUUAUCAUAAUUGGAAGCAUGGAUUUUCUGUGGCUCACUUUUCCUAUUUGUUGUUGAAGAAUUUGAAAUUAAUGGGCAAUCAAAUCAGUCCCCUGGAAGGACUUGCUCUUUAUGUAGCCUGCCUUUGUCAUGAUUUGGAUCAUCGAGGAACUACAAGCUCUUUUCAAGUUACAUCUAAGUCGGUCUUGGCUGCUCUAUAUAGUUCUGAAGGAUCUGUAUUAGAGAGACAUCACUUUGCUCAAACAAUGGCAAUUUUACAUGCUGAUGGUUGUAACAUAUUUGAAAAUCUAUCUGAAGAGGAUUACAAGAAAUGUUUAGAUUUUGUGAGGGAAAUUAUCCUAGCUACUGAUUUAGCUCAUCAUUUCCGAAUAAUAAAGGGCAUAAAGAAAGUUCUUGAAGAUGGUUAUGAUGCUUCAAACCCUGAGCAUCAUCGAAUACUCUUAUGCUUAAUGGUCACAUCCUGUGAUUUAUCAGACCAAACAAAAGACUGGAUAAAUACGAAGGAAAUUGCUAAACUUAUAUACAGAGAAUUCUUCUCACAAGGAGAUUUAGAGAAAGCAAUGGGUGUGAAACCAAAUGAAAUGAUGGAUAGAGAGAGAGCUCAAAUACCAAUGCUACAGAUAAGCUUCUUAGAACAAGUUGUCCUGCCCGUUUAUAAACUUCUCUCUGGAUUUUUUCCUGAUUUAAAACAACUUGUUGAUGUUAUUUUGUUGCAUCAAAGGCAGUGGGAGAAAGUUGAUAUUGUUUUUACAGAAAAUUUAUCAGGAAGCAAUAAGUCACCACUCGAUUUUCUUGAGGAUCCUAGAGUUGAUGCAGCUGCUUGUGCUCUUUAACAUCAUUGUUGACAAUGUUCCUUAUAUAAACAUUAGUAUUUCUUUUUUAAUAAUACACGCCUUCAUGAAUUACAGAUAAAGUGCUUUUAAGUGAAAGCAAAAGUCAAAUUUAUGAUUGUUUAAUUCUUUUAUAGUUAGUUUAAAAGUUUUUCAUGUACUAAACAAAGUAUAUGUUUAAGUGAAAAAUGUGCCUUAGAAAUUGUUGAAUUUCUGUAGAAUUGCUAGAACAAAGUAGUAUCUUUUCAAUACUAUAAACUGCUGUGAUAUAAUUUUAAAUUAUUUAUUUAUUCUUGAUAAUUAUUAAAUAUAUUGUUUUCAUCGGAUUGAAUUUUUGCAUCAUGUAAUCAUUAAUAUGAAGUUGCUUUUAUUCUGAGAAAAACUAUUGAGUGUUUUUAACUCUUAAAGUUUUUUAAUACAAAUGAAGGCAUUAAUUUAAAUAUCUAUGCAUAAUUUCUUU